CUGGUCGCUUAUUGGUUGAUAUAGUCCGGCGAUUAAAUUUGAAAAGCCUAUUGCCAAUUGCUGUACUGUCGGGAUAGCUCGAGAAGCAACAGGAACAGGAUUAAAACGAGUAAAUAAACUUAAACAGGAUCAAAAUGGCGCCGAGAAAAAGAACCACUAAUACUAAGAGCAAAAAGAACCCCAAGAUGCCCAAACUGGAAGCUUUUCUUCUAGACUUUGAUGAUGAAGUAAAUACAAUUGUAAAGAGGUUGAAUGAAAGGACCAACAACCUUCUAAAAGAUGCAGACAACCUGUACAACAUGACCCUCAUCAAGCUUCCCAUGGCAGUGCGACAGAUGAACUGGGUUCAGUAUUGUGGUUCUGAAAAGCCACAGACACCAGUGGAUGAAUCAAAGCAGAAGGAGGAAGCUGCACAGGUGGAGCUCACCAUCGCUCAGGAUCAUACAAUUCCACCCAAAUCUGCCAAAAAAGCUUCGAACAGUGUAAUUUCUGAGGAUGAAGAGAAUGUUGUGCCCAAGACUACUAAAAAGAAGGGAAGACCAAAGAAAGCACCAUCAACUACCAAGAAGGCCAGAGCUCUCUCUGUGAGCAAGCAGAAUGGCACUAUUAGAAAAUCCACCAGAAAGCAGCUGGUCACCCCAGCCAGAAGUUUCUUGGACUCCUCGAUCAUAGGCCCAACUCCAUUGGUCACGCCCCGCUUUGACUCCAGGUUGCCCAAGACCCCAGCAGUACGAGUUCCUCGUCACAGAGAGAAGGUGUACAGCAUCUCUGUGAAUGGCUCUCCCAUCUCUGGAGGCUCGGAGGAUAUCGUCAUCAAUGUCCCUCUGGGCAACGGAGAGUGCAUUCAGCUGCUGGCCAGCGAGAUGGAUUCUGUUGACCUGCGGCAGCUGGAUGAGAGAGCCAUCCACAGUAUCAGGCAGCUACAGAACCGACUCACGGCUCUCUGUGGAACCUCAGAGUGAAGACACUGCAUCGGAUCGUCUUUUUCAGAGCACUCUGUAUUUUCAUGCUUUAUUUCUGUUUAUACUGUUGCUUCUCUAAUUCUCAAUGUUGUUGGAUUUCAUUUUUCUUUCUUUCUUUUUAGCUGUGGUUUUUUUAUUUUUUUGAAAAAAUUCCUCUCCCUCUCUUUUUUCUGUUGUAUGUUGUCAUGGGCAUUUUCUCACUGUACAUCUAGCCAUAGUCUAUUCAGUUAUGCGUUUCAUUUUGUAAAUAUGAUCCAAAAUGAGCUGUUUUAGCUUUUUUUUUUUUUAAGUCAAAAUCAUUUUCAUUAUAUUUAUCUGUAAUUCUGCUACUUUUCUUGAGGAGCAGAAGUACCCCGGAUGUGUCACAGAAGCUAGGAUAACGUGUAUAAUGGCAUUAUCAUCAUCACUUCAACCCUGUAUCUGUGUGGAGAACAUCCAGCUACAUGAACAUGUGUGUAAUGUAUGUAUAAAAGUG